GCAGGAACCUUUAACCAGCAACAUCUUCCAGACCAGAGUAAUGGAGCCCAGUGAUUUCUCCCGUGUGGAUUCUGAGUUCCGAUAUAUCCUCUUCCCUAUUGUUUACAGCAUAAUCUUUAUGCUGGGUGUCAUUGCCAAUGGUUACGUGCUAUGGGUCUUUGCCCGCCUGUACCCUUCCAAGAAACUCAAUGAGAUAAAGAUCUUCAUGGUGAACCUCACUGUAGCUGACCUGCUCUUCUUGGUUACCCUGCCCCUAUGGAUCGUCUACUACUACAACCAGGGCAACUGGAUUCUCCCCAAAUUCCUGUGCAAUGUAGCUGGCUGCCUCUUCUUCAUCAAUACCUACUGCUCUGUGGCCUUCCUGGGCGUCAUCACUUACAACCGCUUCCAGGCAGUAACACGGCCCAUCAAAACUGCUCAGGCCACCACCCGCAAGCGUGGCAUCAUUUUGUCCUCGAUCAUCUGGGUAGCCAUUGUGGCCGCAGCAUCCUACUUUCUUAUCAUGGACUCUACCAAUACAGUGACCAGCAAUGCUGGCUUAGACAACAUCACCCGCUGCUUUGAGCAUUAUGAGAAGGGCAGUGUGCCAGUCCUCAUCAUACACAUCUUCAUCGUGUGCAGUUUCUUCAUCGUCUUCCUCAUCAUCCUUUUCUGCAACCUGAUCAUCAUCCGCACUCUGCUCACACAGCCGGUGCAGGUACAGCGCAACGCUGAAGUCAAGCGCCGGGCCCUGUGGAUGGUCUGCACAGUCUUGGCUGUGUUCGUCAUCUGCUUUGUGCCCCACCACAUGGUGCAGCUGCCCUGGACCCUGGCUGAGCUGGGCUUCCAGAACAGCACUUUCCAUCAGGUUAUUAAUGAUGCACAUCAGGUAACCCUCUGCCUUCUUAGCACCAAUUGUGUUUUAGAUCCCAUCAUCUACUGCUUCCUCACCAAGAAAUUUCGCAAGCACCUCACUGAGAAGUUGUACAGCAUGCGCAGCAGCCGAAAGUGCUCCCGGGCCACCACAGACACUGUUACCGAAACAGUCCUGCCGCUCAACCAGAUGACUGUCAACUCCCUAAAAAAUAGCUCUUGA